CGGGUUUGGAAUAGUACAAGCUUUCUUUAAUUUUUUUUGGUCGGAAUCCUGAUUGCUUGCACUUCCUUUCUUCCUGUACAAGAUAUCCAUCCCCAUCUGCUUUUGUUUAUUCAAUCGCGGGGUCCUUGUUGAGCCUGUGUUUCCGGCGGCGCCUCGGCAGCGUCAGGCCGCCCCGACAAAUCAACUUCCGUAACACAAGACCGGGCGCGGCUUACGAACAAACACAAAAAAAAAAAAGGUCCAACACAGUUGACCACGUCUCGACGCGUACUUUUUUUUUUUCUCUUUCUUUCUCUUUUGGCUGUUGUCGCAUCCACUGCAACCUCUCUUGUUCUGAGCUUCAAGAGGGCCUUGUAUUGGAUGAUGCUAUCGUCAGUCGUACGCUUUUCACUAUGGGUACCAUCGCGACAAUUGCCGCCGUUGUUCUCGGCAUUUCGUUCAUGACAUUUGUGGCCUUCUUUGGAAGAUUACCCAUGUUUAGACAUACACCUGUAUCAUGGUUACAUCGCCUAUUAUGGGUUUACAUCCCGAGGGGGGUGUUGGCGCUGGACCAGAAGCUCACAUCGGGCAAGUUCGGUUCCUCGCUCGUCAGGUUUGGGAGGUUUAUGAUGAACGAUAGACACCCGACUGUAAUGAUAUUCUUCAUCCUGAUCAUGGUUGUUUCAGAGUCGGCAGCCUUGCCGAAAGCCUGGCCGCAACUCACGACUCUGCAACAAAUAAUGCUCGGCACCAGCAUCUUUCUUCCUUACUACACCCUUUACAAGGCGGCUUACACAGAUCCGGGCUACAUCACUGGCGAUAACCAUCGCGCGCACAUGGCCGCCUACCCUUACGAUUUUACCAUCUUCCACCCGGGCUCCUCGUGCCGCACCUGCGGCCUCCUCAAGCCGCCGCGGAGCAAGCACUGCAGCAUCUGUAAGCACUGCAUCGGCCGCAUGGACCACCACUGUAUCUUCAUCAACAGCUGCGUCGGCGCCGGCAACGCCCACUGGUUCCUCCUCCUUCUCCUCACUACCGCAGUCCUCUCCCUCUAUGGUGGCCUUCUCUGCAUGUCCCUCAUCGUGCGCAGCAUCCGCCGCCGUGCACCCGGGUUCGAGGUCCUGUGGUGGCGCGGUAACUUUGGCGACGGCAUGGACCUAAACAGCUACUUUGUCCUGUGGAGCUGGGGCAUCGCGGACCAGGUGCAGCUCGGCGCCGUCGGCCUGCUGGCCAUCCUCUGCAGCCCCUUGGUCUGGGGCCUGUUUGGCUACAACAUGUGGAACGUCUGGGGCGGCGUCACCACCAACGAGUCGCUCAAGUGGUCCGACCUGAGCGAGGACAUGGCCGACGGCAUCGCCUUCAAGCGCCGCAUCGCCCCGGGACGCCUAAAGGACCUGCGCUUCGAGCCGGCCUACACCUCGUGGCCGGUCGAGGCGGAGCAGAUCGUCAUCCGCACCAACGACGGCCAGCCCCCACCCGUACAGGGCGCGGGGCUGGAGGGAGAUGGGGAGUGGGAGCGCGUCUGGAAGCUCAAGAACGUCGAGAACCUCUACGACCUCGGGUUCUGGGACAACCUCGCCGACAUAUUUUCGCCCACAAAGACCAGCAACGACCUUUACAUGGAGAUACCCCACGCCGAAGACCCGGGACCAAGACGGGGGAGGAGGCGCGUUAGAGACUGAGCUUUGUUUGGCUUUGGACAAUGGUAUUUCGGGGGUCAGAAACUGAGACUAUUAGUGAGAAUAGACGUCGUUGAAUACCGGUGAAUAGCAAACAUGGCCCGAGGUAACAGUCGGCGUUUAGGUAUCCAUUCAGGCUGGGGCUUAAACGUCACAUUUAUCUACGCA